AUGGCUCGGCACGAGCGGUGGGACAGCGGCUGGUCCGGCUGGACCGGAAACUGGUGGGGUGAGACAGGUGAAGCCUCGGACACCAGCUGGUCCCAAGUUCAGCUCAAGCGAUGGGGCCACGAUGAAGGCCAGUCAUGGCACCAAAGACAAGAGCGCCACUUUGAAGGUGCUUGGCACGAGCACCGCAGCGGAAGGUCCUCCUGGCAUCAGGAUCAAGGUUACUGGCACGGGCGCGAUGGAAGGGCCUCUUGGCGCCAGGAUCAAGGUGUCUGGCAGAGCUGGAAGGACUGGUCCAGCAAGGAAGACCAAGGUGCCUGGCAACACAACAAAGACUGGCACGUGGAGGGAUCCUCGCCAAGCAGCCAGGAUGAAGGUUCGAGUAACUCUUAUACGCCGGGCGAACAGAAGCCGGUAGGUAGCCCUCGCAAGCCUCGCGCCAAAGUGAAGUCUCGGCUCUUCGCCACCGCUUUGGCAGCCACCGUUCAACCUUCGAGGUGCCGUCGGCCACAACCCUUGGAGCAGUCGCCGUCGGAGCCUGUGGUUGAGGAGAAGGAGCUGGCGGAGCAGGCCGAGCCGGUUGCUGAGCCCGUGCAAGCAGUGGAGGUCCAGCCAAAGCGCUGGGCACCCUGCUUCAGAGAGAGCGACGUGACGAUGGGAUACGGGAUGGGUCGUGUGGACCCGUUUUCCGUGGGCUACGCCUGUCGAGACAUCCCAGACAGACAGCCCGAGGGUCGCAACGUCAACAAGCCGCUCAACAGGGUCUGGCAAGAGGUGAAGGUGAACCAGUGCGAGGACAUCUGCUACCUCGGCUACGAGCACCCCAUCGAGGUGUUUCGAGCCGUGUCCGCCGAGGGACAGGAGCAACUGUUCACCACUCAAGGGUGGAAGCUGCAGCUCCUCCAAGUGGCGGCCUUGGCGAGGCACCCCAAGAAGGCCAUUAUCCAACCCAAGUUUGUCUUGGAGGAAGCGGACAUCGGAGCGAUUCUGGUCGAAGCCGAUAUACCCGAGGAUUUCAAUACGGUGCACAUCGUCGGCGAGGAUGGCGUCCGGCCUUUCUCCUGGGAGACCAUCGUGAAACAAAAGCGCGCGAAGCCAAAGGCUUGA